CGUCAAAAACAGCUUAAAGUCCCAGAAUGCACUGGGUGUCUUUGUGUGCAUUCUGGGAUUUGAAGUUCUUUCACCGUUUCCUUGUAGUUAGCCUACAUUAGGUGGUGGAAUCUUCCUUUCAAAGAAAAACACACGUGAAUCUAUUGAUCAGGUCUGUGUGACUUUAUGGAAACAUGUCAAAGAAACGGGGAAGGAAGCGUAGCAGCGAAGAGUUAAGCGAGAGCUCGGCGUCCACCCUGUACCCCGACCCAGACAAUCUGCUGGGCCACAGAAUUCAGCACAACUGGAGGGAGAAGGGGAACGUGACCAAGUGGAAAGGCACGGUGCUGGAGCGCCUGACCGUCAACAGCUCCCUUUACAUGGUCAAAUAUGACGGCUUUGACUGCAUCUACGGCAUAGAGUUGUUCAAGGACAGCCGAGUGUCCAACCUGCAGGUGUUGGCCGAGAAAGUCGUGAAUAAUAAGAUCAAGGUGCCUCCUGGGGCCGAAGAGCUGGUCGGACGGGCGGUGGAACAUCUGUUUGAAAAGGAGGACGGUGAGAAAAACGAAUGGCGGGGCAUGGUGCUAUCCCGGGCACCCGUCAUGACCCACUGGUAUUACAUCACCUACGAGAAGGACCCUGUGCUCUACAUGUACCAGCUGUGGGACGAUUACAAAGACGGCGAUCUUCGUGUUCUUCCUGAAUCAGAGAACAAACACCUGCUCCCAGCAGACAGGAAGCCGGGGGAGGAGCCAGAGAGCCUUGUGGGUAAACAGGUGGAGUAUGUCACAGAUAACGGCCUCAAAAGGACGGGUCUGGUCAUCUACCAAGUCCCGGCCAAGCCCACGGUGUACUACAUCAAAUACGACGACGACGUUCACAUCCACGUCUACGACCUGGUUAAAACCACCUAGUACUGACUGUCACCUUCCCCCAGCCAGGCGUUACCGCUUGACGUGUUACCGACUUUUCUUCCCCAGCGACGGAGGAAAAUGUGCCGAUGAUGAUUAUCUUUCAUUUUCAAAGUUUUGCGUUCUCACAUGACAUGCAUUAUCAAUGUGAAGGUGGUCUGACUAUUGGGUCAUCUUCAGUGUAAAUAAAAGUCUUGUAUAGCCCAGCAGGUUGAAUCUUACUUGUAUUGCGCAACACUUUUUGUAAAGACAUCCCGCAAUGUAAAAGGAUUGGCUUCCUUACACAUCCAUGUUUGGUCAUUGUACUUCAUUUCACUCAUUGUUUUUGUUUUUUUGUUUGUUUCUCAUUUCAUAUGAAAUACCUGGCUGUCCUGUUUGUGCUUGAUGACGUCUUACCGGGUAAGCCUCAGUUUGUUGAAUAUAAAAGUAACAUUUAUUUGAGUGAUGUGCUGAUGAAUUGUACAAACAUCCAUCGUGACACUGAUUUAUUGAGGACAAGACAAAACGUGUUGUGGUAACUGCAAGUUUUCUACUCUUAAUAAUAUAUCCGAUAUACUAAUGUUUACAGUGCAUCUGGAAAGUAUUCACAGCGCUUAACUUUUCCCAGUUUAUGUUACAGCCUCAUUCCAAAAUGGAAUAAAUUAAAUCCUCAUAAUUCUACAGACAUAAUGGCAAUGUAAAGUUGUUUUUUUAUUUAAAAAAACAAUAUUUACCGGGUGCACUGUAUGUCCAGUUGCUUCAGCAGUGUUUGUGCUCCAUGCUAUUUAUGUUAAAUUGGCUACCAAUGUUUUUUUUGUUGUUUUUUUUUAUGUAUUUGACGUCAUCAUUAAUUACAGAGACUAGUGUGUUUAUUGCCUCAAAAUUUGCUAAUUGUGUAAAAUGUUCUGUUCUGUACAUAUAAAUUGAAUCAUUUUUAUGAACCUAAUAGCAAAUGUUUGUGUUUU